AUGCUUGCGGCAUUCCUCUUGUACUGCCUCGCGCACCAGCAGAAGCGGCACGUCCUCUACCAUAGCUGCAGGCUGUUCUUCCGAUGCACAUUCAACAACAUGUUCUUCCGCUCGGUCGAGAUACUCGGGGCGGAGAACUUGCCAGUUCACGGGCCUGUGAUCCUGACAGGCAACCACAACAACCAAUUCGUGGACGGAGUGUUCUUGCUUGCCAACUCUCAUAGAGAAAUCUCCUUCAUGAUCGCGCAGAAGUCCUGGGACCGGCCCUUCGUGGGGUUCCUCGCCAGGGUGUUCAAUUGCAUACCAGUGUCUCGGCCGCAGGACGUGGCGUUCGCGGGCGCCGGCGUGAUCAUUGCCGACGGUUCCGACGUGCUUCGGGGCCAAGGUACCUGCUUCGCCGCAGAGGUGAAGCCUGGCGACCACUUGGAGAUCAAGGGACGGCCGUACAAGGUGCAGGCGGUGACCUCUGACUCCGAGCUUCAGGGCGUGGGGAAGUACAAGGUGCUGCCGAAAACAGAUCAGUCGAAGAUGUACGAUGCCGUUCACAAGAGCCUCAAGGAGGGGAAAUGCUUGGGCAUUUUCCCUGAGGGUGGUAGCCACGACCAGACGGAUUUACUUCCUUUGAAAGCUGGAGUGGCGAGAAUCGCACUGGAAGCCUACACCAAACAUAACGUGCAGGUACCCAUCGUGCCCGUCGGCCUCAACUAUUUCAAGGGACAUCACUUCGGUGGGCGAGUUGUCAUGGAGUUCGGGCCGCCCAUCCACAUCCCACGAGACAUAUACGAACAGGCCGAUCGGGAUAAGCAUGGUGCGACGGACGCGUUAUUGGAGAUGAUCUACACAGGCAUGCGAAGCACCAUCGUGCCGACGUCGAACUACAAACUUCUCCAGACGAUAUACAUGGUCCGCCGUCUUUACGCCGAGGACGGUGGGAAGAUCAGCACGAUCCGGGCCAUGGACCUGAACCGUCGGUUCGCGGUAGGCAUUGCCCGGAUCGUGGACCUCGUCUCGAGCACGGAUGGGGCCAAUGACGCAGACCCAGACGAAAACAGGACGUUGAGACGUUGUGAGAGCAUGGGCGCCGUGGAGGACAUAACAAUUGAUCCAGAGGAGGCGCAGCUGUACCUCGAGAUCAAGGGGGACCUGGAGAACUACAUGUCCGACCUGAAGGCCCUAGGCCUCAGAGACCACCAGGUGAAGCAGAUCCGCUGGUGGUCCCCUCAGGAUCUAAUCAGCCAGUUGAUGCUCCUACUGAUAACCUUAGGUCUUGGUGGCAUCCCCCACGUCUUGAUCAAUCUGCCCGCGAUGGCCAUAGCAGGCCAGUUGGCAGUGAGAGAGCAGGAAAAGGCACUGAAGGCCUCAACCGUGAAAGUGGCCGCCCGCGAUGUUCUCAUGUCUUACAAGAUCAUGUACGUGCUGAUGCUGACAAUCAUCCUGGUCCUCCUGAGCUUGCCCCUGUACGGCUUCCUCGGGCUGAAGGCCGCGGAGCACGGGGUGCGCACCUACGCCGACCUCUUCCCGAUCUGCAGGCGCCUGCUCUCGCACAUCGGCAGGGGCCGAUACGCACGGAGGCUGGAGAGCCUGCCUGGGCAGCGCUCGGCGCUGCAGAGGAAGCUGUUCCAGGUGGUGAAGAGGCUGGGCCCUCGCCUCGGGGACCUCUACUUCGCGAAGAUCGGGUGCUGUUAGAAGCGGUCCUGGCCCAAAGGUGUCCCUGGCCUUCUUCGCGCCACUGGAGCCCCUGGGAGCCUCUGAGCUUCGCGACGGGCCACCCCUCCCCUGGGAGCCCUGGGGACACCUUUGGGCCUGGGGCACUUUCAGCCGCAGCCCGAGAAGAACGUCAACUGGAGCAAGGAGAUGCGCCGCAGGGGCUCCCUGCAGCCCCCGAGCCCGCCGGCCAGCCGGGCGCCGGGUGGCGCCUCCGAGCCCGCCUGCGAGCCGGCUGCCAGGCAGAGGGGCCCAGGCUCGCCCCAGCCGCUGUCCUGACCCCGCGGGGGGGGUGGCCGGGCGGAAGCGCGGGGCGGAGCCCCUCCCUCGGGGGUGUGGGCGGUGGCGCGGCGGCGCCGAGCAGUCGUCCUCUUCAGCUUCGUCAGCCCUCCUGCGUGUGGCGAGGAGCAGCCCGCUCCAGCCGCGCACUCGCUUGGGCACUCUGCCGAGGGGGCAGCCGCUCCUCGCGAACUGGGUGGGCUCUGUGCGCAGCGUCUUCGGCCUCCACGGCUGGCUGUGCGGGGGCGGCCCGCGUCCGCCGUCCUUCGGGAGGAACUGGUGGCGCCGUGGACAGAUGGUGGCAGGAGCCAGCAACGUGCCUUUUCAAAUCACGUUGCUGUCGGGCGUCGCCUGGGAGAUCUCGGAGCGUAUUGAGCGCGUGCCAGAGAUGCCCCAGAGCUUCUGGAGUCAGCACGCACGGUGCAAAGCAAAAGGACAACAUCUCAGACCAUUCGCAGUAUCGUGCCAGCCACACAGGCUGUCGAUUUCGCUCGGCCGUUGGAAUCUCCACCGUGGUGUUUUUUGGAGACUGGCAUGGUCCCUCGGCCGCGCCUUCCGUUCGCGCUGGCAAUCUUUGCACACACCUCCUUGAGGAACAGUUCUAUUUGUUUAGCUUCACGAUCAUCGAUUGGGGGGAGGUCUCUGACGCAGCGCCCAGCCUGCCGUACUGACACACCUGGCGUUGCGACCAGGGAGAGCAACUUAUCAGUACAGUACCCACCUGCGCUGCCGUGCGAAUCUAGCACCGCGCUUGGGCGGGCGCCUGGGGUACAGGAUGGGCGCCCAGGGCGGUACUUGCCACGGAGUGUCUCUACCCGAGCUUCUGAUCUUCUGCUCUGGCAACACCUCCAGUUCGAAAGUUAAACUUUUUGCCAGCGUGGACCACGAACAUUGGGUGAUUACACUCUCGAAGUG